AAGCUGCGGAAGCGGCUGCUCCGCGACGCCGAGGACCUGCAGAAACGCCUGGCCGUGUACCGGGCCGGGGCCGUCGAGGGCGCCGAGCACAGCGUGAGCGCCCUCCGCGAGCGCCUCGUGCCCCUGGUGGAGCAGGGCCGACUGGGGACCGCCACCACGAGCACCCUUGGCAGCCAGCCACUGCGGGAGCGCGCUGAGGCCUGGGGCCAGAAGCUGCGCGGGCGGCUGGAGGCGGUGGGCACCCGGGCCCAGGGCCGCCUGGACAAGAUGCGCGAGCAGUUGGAGAAGAUGCGCGCGAAGUUGGAGGAGUAGGCCAGCCAGAUGUGCCUGCAGGCCGAGACCUUCCAGGCGCGCCUCAAGGGCUGGUUCCAGCCCCUGGUGGAAGACCUGCAGCGCCAGUGGGCCGGGCUGGUGGAGAAGGUGCAACAGUUGGCUGUGGGCACCACCCCCACACCUGCAGCCAGCAAGAAUCAAUGAGUGCCCGGGCAUCCGCCUGGGGCGCCCCACUACUGCCCAGGUGCCCCCUGCCUCCCUCCAGCCUACGGGAGGCCCUGUCCCUGACCCAGCUGUCCUCCUGGUAGGCCCUAGCUUAAUAAAGAGUUCAUCAAGCUUCACCGC